UGAAAUAUAAAAAGCGCGGGCUUGUAACUAACCUUAAAUUUAAUUACUGUCAGUAAACAUUGGAAUAAUAUUAUGGCUCCUGACAAUGAAAAAUCAGCUAAUUUACCAUGGGUUGAAAAAUAUCGUCCUAAAAAAUUGGAAGAUCUCAUUUCUCAUGAAGAAAUAUUGAAAACAAUUAACAAAUUCAUUAAUGAAAAUCAACUUCCACAUCUUCUACUUUAUGGACCACCAGGAACAGGAAAAACUAGUACUAUAUUAGCUUGUGCUAAGAAACUUUACAAACCUGAGCAAUUCAAUUCAAUGGUAUUAGAAAUGAAUGCAUCCGAUGAUAGAGGAAUAGGUAUAGUCAGAGGACAAAUUUUAAAUUUUGCUAGUACAGGUACUAUGUACAGAUCUGGAUUUAAAUUGAUUAUUCUUGAUGAAGCUGACGCCAUGACCAAUGAUGCACAAAAUGCACUUAGAAGAAUUAUCGAAAAGUAUACGGAAAAUGUACGUUUUUGCAUAAUAUGUAAUUAUCUUGGUAAAAUUAUACCAGCUUUACAAUCAAGAUGUACCAAAUUUAGAUUUGGACCAUUGCAAUCCGAACAAAUCUUACCAAGAUUAAAUGAAGUUAUAGAACUCGAAAAUUUGAAAGUAACGGAAGAUGGAAAGCAAGCAUUAAUGACAUUAUGCAAUGGUGAUAUGAGAAAAGUAUUAAAUAUACUUCAGAGUACUUGGUUAGCUUUUGGAUCUGUCACAGAGGAAAAUGUAUAUUCUUGCGUUGGACAUCCAUUACCAGUUGAUAUAAGAAAUAUUCUUAACUGGUUGUUAAACGAAACUUAUGAAUUAUCCUAUUGUAAAAUACAAGAUCUAAAAAUAAAGAAAGGACUCGCAUUGCAGGACAUUCUUACAGAACUGCAUUUAUUUGUACAUAAGAUUGAGUUCCCAGAUAACAUAAUCAUAGAUUUGGUUAUAAAAAUGGCUGAAAUUGAGAAAAGGGUAGCAGUUGGAUGUAACGAGGCAAUACAAUUAAAUGCUUUAGUAGCAGCUUUUCAUCAAGCACGAGAGAUAAAUGUUUGAAAAAUAUUUACGAAACGACUGAUCGAUCAGCAGAGUAUAAAAAUUGUAGUAAAGAAGCCUUUAUUUACACAACGUGACACGAUAGUAAUUUAAUAAAAAAAAAAAACAAAAAAAUUUAAUUACAUUUUUUCGUGAAUCUUAUCAACAAGAUGGGAUCUCAGUUUUCCCCGAAUUGAAUGUCAAAAUCUACAACGUUAAAAUAGGUAUAGUCAUCGCGUCACUUUUACCAUUAAUUUCCCAUCGUUUAUAAAUUCGUGUCUGCUUGUCGUAUGUGUACCGGUAAUUUCAUGAAAAGUGUAUACCUCAUUCUCUAGUUGGAUAAGCCUUUGUAACACCAAUUUCAAUGUAUAUAAAACAUUAUACACACAUACACCAUCUGAAGAUUACAUUGUGACAAAUACAGUUCGAUCAACACGUUAGAUUUGCUAAUUGUUAUAUUCGAACUUAUUUAUUUAUUUAACAAAAAUCCUAUCACUAAUACGAUCUUUCUUCAAAAAAUUCGAAUAAAAUAUUGUCAUUCUAUUUUUGUAUAAAUAAA